AUGCCGAAAAUGUUUGCCGCAUUCAUCAUCAUAGCUUUGCAGUUACUGUUUGUUACCUAUAUAGACGCUAUAUCAUCUAUGUCAAUAGAUUUGGGCACAGAGUUCAUGAAGGUUGCAGUGGUUCUGCCAGGGAAACCUAUGGAAAUCGCUCUUAAUGCGGAUUCUAAACGAAAAACAUCCACUGCAAUUGGUUUCAAAAAUGGUGAGAGGGUUUUUGGCAGUCAUGCACUCAACAUGGCUUCCAAAAGUCCUGAGUACGUAUAUCAGUCUGUUCCGUCUCUUCUUGGGAAGUCAAUACAUCAUCCAAUGGUGAAAGUUUUCCAGGAACGCUAUCCAUAUCACAAUCUAUCUUAUGAUGCUUCGACUGGACAGUUGUUCUUUACUCAAAGUGAUGGGACAGUGUUUUCGGUGGACGAAUUGAUUGGUAUGCUUCUUGAAUAUGCACAUGGCUACGCUGAACUUCAUGCUGGUUUCGUAAUUAAAACUUGUGUGUUGACUGUGCCCAGUUAUUUUGGUCAGGCCGAGAGACGUCGUCUAAUGCAUAUAGCGGAGCUAGCUGGUUUGAAUGUUCUUCAGUUAAUCAAUGAUAAUUCUGCUGUGGCACUAAAUUUUGGUUUAUUCCGUCAUAGAAGUUUUAAUGAGACUCCACAGUACUACGUAUUUUUCGAUGUUGGUUCGAUGAGCACAACUGCGACGUUGGCAGCUUACACCUUCGGGAAGCACAGAGAUGGAGACGUUACUGGAGAUUUUCCAAUGCUAAGAGUCACUAAUGUCAGUCAUGAUCCAACACUUGGUACAAUGGCUUUCACUUAUCGAAUAAGGGAUCUAUUGGUUGAAAAAUUCAGUGAACUAAAGAAGAAGAACAAAGAUCUUGUAAUGAGAAACAAUCGAGCAAUGUCCAAACUGACACAAGAGGCCUCUAACGUACUUAUGAAGUUAAGCGCGAAUAACGAAAUACUUGCCCAGGUUGAAAAUGUAUUUGAUGGAGAAGAUCUUAGAGUUAAAGUUACUCGUACUGAAAUGGAAACAAUAUGUGCCGAUUUACUCGUUGCAAGAAGUUAUUUGAUGGGUGGAGGUACACGUAUACCUAAAAUCCAAUCUGUUUUAAUUGAGCUAAGUAAAAAAUCUGAAUUGCAUAAGGGUGUAAAUAGUGACGAAGCGGCAGCUCUGGGAGCAGUGUAUCAAGCCGCAUUUCAUACUCCUGGUUUCCGUGUUACUCGGUUUAUUGUUAAGGACUAUAAUCUUUACUCCAUCGCUGUUGAUUUUAUGCGUGCUCCACCUUUAUCCGGUGAUAAACCAAACAAAGAGUCAAAAACUGAUACUCAAACGGAUUCAUCGUAUAUCAGACAAGUCCUUUUCCCCCGUGGGGCGGUUUUCCCUCAGAAACGUGCUAUCAAAUUCAAUCGACAUAUAAAUGAUUUGGAUUUCUAUGUUAGUUAUACUGAUCUCAGUGGUUUCGCGGGGAGUUUUAUAGGAAGUAGCUAUAAUAUUAGUCAUGUGAUUACAAGAAAUGUUUCGAAAUCUGCUAAGCAAUACUUAUUUGCUGAACCACGUGGUAUCAAGGCACAUUUUACAAUGGAUCACAAUGGAAUUCUUACACUCAAUGCUGUUAGUUGUAUAUUUCAUCCUCUUGAUAAAACUGAAACAUCUGAUGACUUGAUGAAGGAGAAAUCCACUUUUGAAAAAAUUGGUAAUACUCUUAGUGGGUUAUUUGGUGGUGGAAACAGUGGUGAAGAAAAAUACUCAGAACAAGAUGUAAAUGUCAACGGGACAAACGAUGGUACUAAUUUAACCGAUACGGAUGCGGCUAAUUUAACCAGGAACAAAACCACCACGGAUAACUCAACUGUUUCUCACAAUGACGAUUCCAUUCCUGGAACAAAGAACCAACAGUACAAUAUUGUAAAGCCCACAGCACCAUUCCCCGAACCUAUCGACUAUGAAGUUGCAUAUGUUGAUUUCCCUGAGUUGACUUCAAAGGAGCUGUCGAAUUCUCGUUCUAAAUUAAAUAAAUUACGAGAAGCAGAUAAAGCCAAAGCUGCUUUAGAAGAGUCAAUUAAUCAACUUGAGACUUUAUUAAUUGAUACACGUGAUAAAAUUUCAACUGAUUAUGCCAAAUAUGGAACAAAAGAUGAACUUGAACAUCUGGAUAAUACAUUACAAAGUGCAACUGAUUGGUUUGAUGAAACGGGUCAUGAUAGUACAAAAGAUGAGUAUGAUUUAAGGUUCAAAGAAUUAAAGUCGUUAAUCAGUCCUAUUGAAAAGCGGCUUAAUGAAGCUAAAUACCGUCCAAAGGCUAUUCUGUCGUUAGACAAAACAAUUACAUUAGCCGAGAAGACGUUAAAUCAAAUGAUCGAAUUAUCAGAUAUGUUUUCAAAAACUUUCAAAGCCAUGUCACUUGAACAACAACAGCAACUACAGAAUGGAUCAACUGUGGGGAUUGAGGCACCCUUGGCCGGAACUCCAUGGGCAAAUGUGUUCACUGAGAUUGAAAUCCAAACUCUAAAAAAUAAAAUUAAUGAAACAAAGACCUGGUUUGGUGAAUCUACUGAAGCGUUAAAUAAAUCACCAACACAGCAGGAUCCUCCAGUUCUAAUUUCUGUUAUUCAAAUGAAUUCUGACACUCCACCCAAUGUGACGAUGAAACCCGGUAAAGAAGAAGCACCGACUGUUGAUGAUGAUAAAGUGAUAUCUGAACCACCAGUUCUUCAGAAAGAUGAAUCUACGAUAUCAACAGAAGAAUCAACACGAACACCAAGACCGGAGCUGUGA